CCAAGACCAAAGGAAGAGACUCCUCGCUAGAGCAUUAUGGCCACUUCUCCUUCAUCCUGUGACCAUCAAGAGGACUGGGGCGAAGAGAUGAUGGAGUUGAACAAGGAUUUAGAGAAAAUGAUUGAAGACGUGGAAAAUAUAUCAGUACAGCUGACGUGGAUGGCCUAUGACAUGGUGGUGCAGCGAACCAGUCCUGAUCUGGGGGACUCCAUUCGUCGGCUGGAGGAAGAGUUUCUCCGCUGCAGGGCUGUCAUCUGUGGCUCCCCUGUGGAACAGGAGCCGAACCAGGGGCAGGGAAAGGACCAGGGGAUGGGAUAGGAACCGGGACAGGGGCUGAACCAGGGGCAGGGAAAUGACCAGGGGAUGGGAUAGGAACUCGGACAGGGAAAGGACCAGGAGAUGGGUUAGGAACUGGGACAGGGGCUGAACCAGGGGAUGGGAUAGGAACUGGGAUGGGCUGAACCAGGGGCAGGAAAAGGACCAGGGGAUGGGUUAGGAACUGGGACAGGGGCUGAACCAGGGGAUGGGAUAGGAACUGGGAUGGGCUGAACCAGGGACAGGGAAAGGACCAGGGGAUGGGUUAGGAACUGGGACAGGGAAAGGACCAGGAGAUGGGUUAGGAACUGGGACAGGGGCUGAACCAGGGGAUGGGAUAGGAACUGGGAUGGGCUGAACCAGGGACAGGGAAAGGACCAGGGGAUGGGAUAGGAACUGGGACAGGGGCUGAACCAGGGGAUGGGAUAGGAACUGGGAUGGGCUGAACCAGGGACAGGGAAAGGACCAGGGGAUGGGUUAGGAACU